GAAAGGAAAAUUCCGAGAUUUCCGAAUGGAAUUUUACGUUGAUCAUGUGACAGUCCAAAAUGGAUAAUGCAUUGGAAAUCAUUUCAUAAUUUGUCGAAGCCUAUCUUAAGUUUUACCAAACAAAUUUGGCUCCAAAUGAAUACUGUACAUAAUGUUGCAGCUACUGGGUUUAACCAGGGCAAUCAUUAUGACUCAAACAGACCAUCAUAUACAGACGAGGCUAUACGAUAUAUAGUAGAUGUAUUGUCAGAGUUAUCUCCCCUUAACAGAAAAGAUCUCAAAUAUGAUGUUUUAGAACUUGGUGCAGGAACAGGAAAAUUUACAGAGAAAAUAACUUCAUGUAUAUCUCAAGAUGUGAAAUAUUUAGCUUCAGAACCAUCUGAGUCUUUCCUUGGAGUGCUGAGGAAUAAAGUUCCAAGUUUUGUGGAUUGUGCUUCAUGUACAGCUGAUGCCUUACCUUUACCAAAUAACUCUGUCAAGUUAAUUAUUGCUGCACAGUGUUUCCAUUGGUUUGCGAAUCAUGAAAAUCUACAAGAACUGUACAGAGUGCUGGUACCUGGAGGACGGUUUGUGAUGUUAUGGAACAAUAAAGACAGGAGUAUCCCGUGGGUGAAGCCUAUGGAAGAUAUCUUAACACAGUAUUAUGAUGAAGACACCCCCAGGGCUGUUACUUAUAAAUGGAAACAAGUGAUAGAAAGUUUCUCUGGAUUUACUUUAAAAAAUCAUCAGUUAUUGCCUGGGAUACAAAUGAAGGGCGAUAGAGAUUUUGUUGUUGGACAUUUUUCUUCAAUCAGUGUUAUAUCCCGCUUAUCUCAAGAAGAAAAACAAGAGGCCCUUGCUAAAUUCUACAAUGUUCUGGGUAGUAGUGAGAUGACCAAAGAUUUGUCUGAAAUACAAAUUCCAUUUCAUACAGAAAUUUAUGAUGUAGAAAAGAUGGUGCUAUAAAAUUAUAAAUGAAAAGUUUAUUUAAAGGAGUGAAUUGAAUCAUUUUAAAUUUAGAUCUCAUGUUAUUAUCAAUUGAUUAGAGGACUUAAAUGUUACAAGUUUUGUUAUCUUAUUUGAGGACUUUUAAAAUGUUACUAUAAUAGAAAGUUUUUUUUUUAUUCUUAUAUUGUCCCAUUACAUUUGAUAAUUGGUAAACUACUGUUGCCUAAAUUCAAACAUUUAAAAAACCAAUUCAAAGGGAAAAUCUAGAGACAUCUUUUUUUAUCAUAAUUUUGACACAUAAUUAUACUAUCAAAUGACAAUGUUGUCAUUCCUAGAAAUGGUUUUUUUUUUGGAAUUUCUAACGAAAAUAUCUUCUUGAUUGAGGUGAAGGUUUAAAACUGUGUUUAGUUAUUUGAAAAAUAAUUCAGUCCUAAUGAUCUUCUUACAUCUGAUAGAAUUUGUUAUUUGCUCACCAAUUAGUAGUAGAUGUUCUGAUUACAUGGUUUUCUUGAUCAAUGAGACAGACCUCUAUUUAGUUAAUUAUACCUGUUAACUGACAUGAUUUAGGUGUAGACUACAUGUAUUUCAACACUUAUCCAAAGACUACAAUCAUAAUGAUCAUUAUAAUCCACCUCAAAUAGAAUUUAAUAAAAGAUUGCUUGAAAUAUUUUAUUCUAGAUAUUUUCUAAUUCAUAUUUAGAGACAGUAGGCUGCUGAUAGUUAUAAUCAGAUAACUUGUUGAACAUUGUUUUAUUUUGUAAAAUAUUUUUCCACUGAUUGAUGACGAUGUAUACAGAGUAUUGUCUUGUUUUCCUGAUCUUGCUUACUGUGGAUUGAUUUAUUUUAAUGUAUAUUAAUUUUUGGGGUAUUAAGAAGAAAUUGUAUUUUUGGUAUUUUUGUGGAUAAUUGAUUUCACGGUUUUGAUAAAAGUAAAGCAAUAAAGAGUAAAUCAUUGAACAUUUAAGUGUGUCGUUCACCUGUAGCAAUGAAAUUUAAGAAAUUUGUAUCCCACAAAUAUAAAUGAAUCCCCAGUAUAAAUUCAAACAUAUCCUGAAUGUUGUUUCUACUGAAAAUGUUUUUUUACUUUUGCAAACCAAGGGAUAUGUUCAAGGAUUUGAACACAUUUCCCCCCUCUUUUCCCCCUUUUAUUAAUUAUGUGAAUGUUUCAUGGUGUUCCAUGAGUUGGAACACUCCUUUUCAAAAUGGCUGGAGAUAUGCCUGUUUCUUUAUGAUUUAACAUGUUUAAAGGGAUGAGCAAAUCAAUAUGAGUGAAUGAGAUUUACAUACAGUAUUUGGUUUUUCAACUGUUUCUUUUUCAUCAUGAUCAGAAAUGUUUCCAAUGAUAUUUUUACACAUGCAAUUAUUAUAAGUGACAUCCAAAGAGAAAACCAUUCCAUUAAAAUUGAAGGCUUGUUUCUUUUUUUUUUUUACUAAUUUCAAAAUAAAAAGUGGCAGUUUGAUCAGAAUGCAGCUUUAGCUUGUGUUGAAAAAAGUUGUCUUAGGUUAUUAUAACAAAUUGGGCAUAGAUUAUGUAAGAAAUAAUCAUUUGAAUCCUUGAAAAAAUUAUAUAUCUACAAUCUGUCAAAUGGUUUAUAGAUUAUUUUCAUCUUGUAAUUACUAAUUGAUUUAGAUUUGUUUAAGAAUGAAAUAGUGACAGUUUAUUUUCUUGGUUGUUAUUAUGCAAAAGUGGUUUGUAAUUUCUUGUUAUAAAUAUAGAAUAAAACAUGAAGAUUAACUGUCAUUUUCUUGCUGUGUUUUUCAUGAAAAGGAUACCAUAUAUUUUGAAACAAAAAUGCAGUGUUCUUAUAAAGUAUAUAUAUCCAAUGUAUGAUUCUCAAAAUCAGGUACAGAAUGAUGAAAUACGAUUAGAUUUAAGAUCAAUUUGGCAAAAAUUUUACUGUCUACUUUUCUUUGUCUAUUGAUAAAUACAUGUAGUAUUAAAAGAAGUCAAUGUUUAAGAGUAUUUGUAAAGUGCAAUUACUUUUAUUCUGUUUGUCUAGUCUCAACUUUAUUAAAUAUCAUUGUUUUUUAGUCACAUUAUUUAAUGAUUCUGGAAGUUAGUUUUGCGAUUGUGAGAAUAUUUGAGAAAGUCAAACACAGGCUCAAACUUCUAAUUUUUUUUUGGCAAUACAUGUAUUUAGAAUUUUCCUCAGAGUUCAGUAUUUUUGUAAUUUUACUUUAUGCUGUGUUAACAUAAAAGAUUCUAAUUAAAAAAUAAGUAUGUAUGUAUAAUGUCUAACAAAUGUCACAUCAAAUAUUUGAAUCCCAUUUUGUAGUUUAAAAAGAGAUUUGUCCAAUUGAACAAAGGAGUUAUGGAAGGGUAAACUCCAUAAAAAGUUGCACUAUCAAAGUAGAGCAUAUUGUUUGCUGAUAUUUAUUAACUACGACAUUUAAUUGAAAAAAGACAAAAAAAUGGAAAUAUACAAGACAAUUUAAUGUUGACAAAUUUUAAGUUUGUUACUCUUAACACCUGCUGUUUAUUACACAGUUUAAAAUUUUAAUUUAUUUUCCAGUAAAAAUUCUUUGGUUUAAAUGAAAUUUGUAUGUUAGUUGAUAUGUUAAUCAGUUUCUUCAUAUUUAUUGUGUUAUUGAUGUUUUUAACAUUUAUACAUAUUCUGUAAUGUAAAAUAAAACAAAUUAUCAUGUUGAUAAAAAAUUUUCAUUCAA